AUGUCCACAUUAAGUUUUGCCACCGUCGUUGUUGCAUUGGUAGUCAGUGCGAAUGGACAUGAUUGUACAAAAUACAACUUGACACCAUCAGACCAAUCUCUUAUUGAUAUGAUGACGCAUUACUUGCAUACUUCCAGGAAAGCAGACUGUCCUGUAACACCUUCACAACACGAUAUUGGUGUGACAUAUGUGAGAUGGGGAAAAAAAACUUGUCCUGAAAAUUCGGACAUCGUGUAUACAGGGCAGGUUGGAGGUAACUAUUUCAGUAAUAAAGGAGGAGGUUCCAAUUACCUCUGUUUACCCAAUGAACCUGAAAAUGGUAAUGUAUCCUCCAAUAGUGAUGAAGGAUUAUAUGGUGCCGAGUACCAGAUAAAUAACAGCAAUAAUCCUUCCGGGUUUCCUACUAAUUUGUAUAAUAAAGAGGUUCCAUGUUCUGUGUGCAGGCGGAAAGAGAAAAUUUCUGUUUUGAUCAUAGCAGGAAGAAAGUCCUGUUACAAAGGAUGGAAAUCAGAGUACAAUGGCUUCUUGAUGAGUUCAAAUAAGAAUCACAUCACAUCCGACUUUAUCUGUAUAGACGGGGAGGCAGAACCAUUGAACAAUCGUUCUUCCAACGAACAAGGUGCCCUGUUUUAUCCUGUCAGAGCAAAAUGUGGUAGUCUGAGAUGUCCCCCAUACAAAGAUAAAACGGAAGUACUUUGUACCGUUUGUACUAAAUAA